AUGUCACCAAUCCAUCUCAAGUAUUUGGGCAACAUGGGUGUUCGAUCUUCUAUGUCGGUUUCCAUCGUGAUUGAUGAUGAUCUUUGGGGAUUGGUAGCCUGCCAUGGUUAUGGAGAUUUAGGUAUCCAGAUUCCCCUCCCGGUGCGUGAACUCUGCCGAAACAUCGGCGAGUGUGCAGCAACAAAUAUCCAACGACUUCUCAUGAUGCAGCGCCUUGAGGCAAGAAGACCACCUGAGAAGGCUCCUCCUACUCAGAAUCCUGCAGGUUUCAUUGCAGCAUCGUCAGCGGAUCUGCUACGAGUAUUUGAUGCAGACUUUGGGCUCCUCAGCAUUCACGACGAAGCCCGGGCUAUCGGCAGACUUGAGCCAUAUCGAGAAGCGCUUGCCCUGCUUGCGUACUUGCAACAUCGCCGAUUCACGACCGUAUUCGCUUCGCAACACAUCAAACAGGAUUUCCCAGAUAUUAAGUAUCCUCACGGCAUCAAUUCCAUAUCUGGAUGCUUGAUUAUUCCACUGAAUGUCUGGGGUAAUGACUUCCUGGUCUUCUUUCGCAAGGGGCAGCUUCGUGAAAUCCGAUGGGCUGGCAACCCGUACGAGAAAAUCAAGAGGGCCGGAACCGAAUACCUGGAACCAAGAAUGAGUUUCAAAAGAUGGACCGAGACAGUGGCUGGGCUGAGUAAGGACUGGACUGAAGAUCAGCUGGAGACAGCUGGGGUGCUGAGUCUUCUUUAUGGCAGGUUCAUUGAGAUAUGGCGUCAGAAGGAUGCAGCCGGCCAGAACGAUCGAAUGACGAGGCUCCUCAUCAGGAACUCUUCACAUGAAGUUCGAACGCCACUAAACGCCAUUGUCAAUUAUCUUGAAAUGGCACUUGAAAAUCCUAUCGACGAUGCUACCAGAGAUGUCCUGGGUAAAGCACACAAAGCCUCAAGAUCCCUCAUAUACGUGAUUGACGACCUCCUCAAUCUUACUAAAGCCGAAGAGGGCCCCAUAAAUUCUCCCGAUGAGACUUUCGACCUUGGAGUUACGGUAUCAGACGUCAUUACCCAGUUCAGGAAAGAAGCGAUGAGGAAGAAUUUGGAUUUGACAGUCUCCACGCAUCAGGGCAUACCCGAGAUGGUUAAGGGCGACGCUUCUCGUCUUCGACAGGUCCUAUCAAAUGUCGUUAGCAACGCCUUCCAGCAUUGUAUCGAAGGUGGGAUCAAGGUGGAUAUUCGACCGAUCAAGACUCGAGAAACUAGCUCUGUCAUCGGCAUUACGGUUCAGGAUGCUGGAAUCGGCAUGAGUGAGAGUCAGCUAGAUGAAUUGUUCCAGGACUUUGAACAAGUUAUCGACGAAGACAAUCUCUCCGGUGAAGUGACAUCGACAUCGUCCCUGUCAGAUGACCAGCCUCUGGGAGUUGGUCUUGCCGUUGUCGCUCGGUAUGUCAAGAACAUGAAGGGCCAAAUCAGAGUUCAGAGCGAGCUUGGGAAAGGAACUAUCUUCGGGAUCGAAGUACCAUUCCAGCAUGCCAUCGAGGAACCUGGUCAAUCUGUCCCCAUGGGCCCUCUUUUUGAAGCUAAAGAGCCGACCUUGCUCAAGGCCCUGUCAGACAAUGGUAGCACGCCACUUGUGCCAUCUCCUCGCCAGGAAAUGGAGGGUAUAGCGGAAGCUACGCCGAACUCUCUACCGAACGAGACGGUUGUGCCAUCGCCGCACGAGGAUCCAGCCUUUCCAGCUCCGCCGGACACUCACAGUGGAGAAAUGUCUAGCCAUGGAAAUUCGUCGCGGUCAACAUAUCCUUUCCCAAAUAUGGGUGGCGACAAAGCAGAGUAUAUGAGGGAUCCUCUUUCUGUACUCAUUGCAGAGGACAACCCGAUCAAUGCAAGGCUCCUGAUUAGGAGGCUUACGAAACUGGGGCAUAGCGUAGAACACGUGAAUGAUGGGCAAGAAUGCCAUGAUCAAUUCGCACUGAAUCCGCAUUCAGUGGAUGUAAUUUUGAUGGAUAUACAGAUGCCACUGGUCGAUGGAAUGAUGUCAACCAAAAUGAUCCGCAUAUUCGAGAGAGAACUCCAGGAGCUCAAAAAGAUCCGACCGAGAGUUCCGAUCAUUGCUGUAUCGGCCUCGCUCUCGGAGAGUAAAAGAUUUGAUUACAUACAAACUGGAUUCGAUGCAUGGAUCUUGAAGCCCAUUGACUUUGGCAGACUCGAUUUUAUACUGAAAGGAAUCAAGUAUUCCGAAUUGAAGAGGAACGCUCUGUAUGCUCCUGGAAAUUGGGAGGGCGGAGGGUGGUUCAUAUCCUGA